UGGAAAUAAGUUUUCUCCGUUGCCCUUGUUUUGUUUGUUGUUUCUUAACGUUUUUCGCGCGAAUUUUAUCUGACCAGCGGUAUUUUGUGGUUUUGAUUUUAUUCAACGCAACGCAAAUUGUUUGCUAAUAACAUAUUUGAUUAAUGUACAAAAAAUGGAUGAAGAAGAGAUCAUAGAGGAAGAUAAAGAUGGUUCGAUUCACAGUAUUCACGUCCGCAAUUUCUUCUGCCACGAUAACUUAGAGAUCAACUUGAAUAGGAAUGUAAAUUUUAUAAUAGGACGCAACGGUAGUGGUAAAAGUGCUAUAUUGACGGCGCUAGUCGUUGGAUUAGGGGGCAGGGCCUCCGCCACCAACAGAGGAAACAACUUGCAUUCUUUCAUUAAAAAAGGUGCUAAUUCAGCAACAGUUGAGAUAAAAAUAAAAAAUAAUAGUCCCAGGGCCUAUAAGCACAAUGAGUAUGGAGACUACAUCACUAUAGUGAGAACUAUAAAUGCCUCUGGUGGAGGUGGUUACAAAGUUAAAUCUGCUUCAGGAGAAAUAGUAUCAACAAAGUUUGAGGAAGUCAAUUCAAUAAUACUUGCCCAUGACAUACAAGUAGACAAUCCAAUAUCAGUGCUGAAUCAGGAUGACGCCAGGAGUUUCCAUGCAUCUGAUGCCAAGAAGAAGUACUCCUUGUUCAGAAAGGCUACAAACUUGGACCAAACCGAAACUAAUUAUAUGUGGGCAUUAGAAAACUGUAACAAGGCUCACAAUAUUUGGAACAGAAAAAAUGAGGCCUGUCAAGAACUAGAGAAGGAAUACAAAAAAUGGCGAUUGAGUUAUGAGCAGUUACAAUCAAGAGAUGAGAUUGAAGCAAAGAAGCAGGCAUUACAGAAUGAGUAUUAUUGGAGCGAGAUAGCCGACUACGAACGAGAAGCAGAGCAAGUGCAGGCUCAGUAUGACAAGCAGAAGCUCAAGAUUGAAAAGCUUACAGAGAAGCUAGCUAAAAUGGCUGACAAUUUUGGGAACAAUAAGGGCUUGAUUGAGACCUUGAAGUCACAAUUGGACGAGAAAAACCUCGAGAAGGCUGCCUUGGAACAAGAGCUCCGUGACUUGGAAGCUGAAGUACGGGACACACAGACAGCUCACCGUUCUGCGCGGGCGCAGGUCACCAAGCAGGGUGACCUGCUGGCCAGGGAGACCAGAAAAGUCAAUGAUCUUGAGCGGGAGAUACACAAUAUUGACUCCGGCGACGCGGCGUCGCGGCGCGCGGAGCUGGAGCGGCGCGCGCGGGCGGCGGCGGCGGCGGGCGAGGCGGCGCGCGCGCGCUACGGCACGGCGCAGCACGGCGCGGCGCAGGCGCGCGCCGCCGCCGCCCGCGCGCGCGCGCUCGCCGACGACGCCGAGCUGCGCGCGCGUAGCCAGCGCGGGGAACUGCAGAAACUGAAGCGUCUUCUCCAAGAUUUGGAGUCCCAGAGCAAUGAUUCCCUAGCGGUGUACGGUAGCAAGAUGGUGGAAUUAUGUGACCGUGUACGAAAAGCUGUUGCCAGAAAUCAGUUCAGCGCACCACCGAAAGGACCUAUUGGUGCAUAUAUAAAGGUGAAGCAGAAAGAAUGGGGCGGCGCCCUAGAGCACAUUAUCGGCGGUGGCAUCACAUCAUUCUGCGUCAACUCCGCGGAGGAUUCUAGGAAACUGUUCGAGAUCAUGGGCCAGGUGUACGGCAAGGAUCCGAAGCCCGCGGUGACGUGCAGCAAGUUCCUGGCCCGGCCGCACGACGUGAGCCGCCACGAGGUGCGCGCGGGCGGCUUCGGCAGCGCGCUGGCGGCGCUGCACGCGGCCGACCCCGCCGUGGCCAACUACCUCAUCGACAGCGUGGGCGUCGAGCGCAUACUGCUGGUGCACGACGAGAAGGACGCGAUGCGUCUAUCGAACCCAAUCGAGAACGUGCCACGAAACUGCAGUAAGAUUGUGACCAGAGACAACAAGGAGUACUACCCGGCUCCGAACUACCGCAGCUAUGGCGGCUCUGCCAAACCUUGUCGCUACCUCAUGGCCAGCACUGCCGAGAGGAAACUGCAAUUAAAAGCCGAAAUCCAAGAAGCCGAGGCAACACUCCGCUCGCUCGAAGCGAAAGCGGAAGAAUUGGAAAGCGAAGCGAGAACCGCUCGAGACGAUGAGCGAGCGGCGUCGCAAGCGCUUCAAGCGCUUGUGGCUUCGCGACAUGACGCCGAGGAGGCUGAGCGGGCAGCCGCUGAAGCGCUGGAUCAGCAUCAGGCGCCGCACCAUGCUGUGUUGGUCGACGAACUCAACAUCACGAAAGAGAAGUUGGAGACUCUGAGCAAUCAGAUGGAGACCUUAAAAGCCAAGGAGCAAGAGCUGAGGAACAAAAUAGACCAGUCGGACGUCGCGGUGAGAGACGUGAAGAAACGACUCGCCAGCGUCACUACGGCUGGAAGAGCUCUCGUGGAAGAAAUAGAACAAGAAAAGUUGAAGAUCGAGCAAGGGGCCACCGAGCGGCAGAACUUGAGUCGGAAACUCAAAGAAGAAGAGAGCAAACUGUCGCAGGUGGACGUCAUACUGGAGGGGAAGCGCGCGAACAUCCAUAAGUUGACGCAAGAGGCUCUCAAAUUGUGCCCUAGAGUUGAGAACGCCAGAGACCGCGCCAUAGUGACCCAAGAGCUGAAGAAGACCCAGUUGAAACUAAGCUCCAUCCGAGACGAUGGCCUGUCUAAAGCGGAGGUGGGCGAGCGGUUAUUAGACGUGGAGAAACGUUACCGCCGCGCCACGCACACUCUCAACAGGCUCAAGCGGCUUAUUGACGAGGUAAAAUCGACAACAGAGAAGCACUUGAAAAUCUGUCAGAUCGUGCAGACACAUAUUAUAAGAAGAGUUAAGUUUUGCUUCCAGUCCAUGCUUAGUCUUCGCAAUUAUUCAGGCAGUAUGGAGAUAGACAUAACAAAAGGCACCUUAGAAAUAAAAUGCACCGGCCGGGAUUCCGGGGAGAAGCGGCACGCGAGCACGACCUCCUCUCUGUCGGGGGGAGAGCGCUCGUACUCCACGGUGGCCUUCAUCAUGGCGCUGUGGGAGUGCAUAGAGCUGCCGUUCUACUUCAUGGACGAGUUCGAUGUGUUUAUGGAUAACGUGAACCGCAAGAUAGUGAUGGAGCUGCUCAUAGACCACGCGUUGAAGAACACGAGCCGCCAGUUCGUGUUCCUCACGCCGCAGGACGCCAGCUCAGUGACUGCCGGCCCCCAGAUCAGCAUACACCGGAUGGCUGAUCCGCGACCAUAGAACUUAAGAUAUUUUGUAUACAAUCCAGUGAGAUUUAUAUUAUUGUGAUAAUAAAAAUAAUUUCUGAUAAU